GCUUCGCGCGUUUGCUUCCCAAUCGCGCGCCAGUGCGCACGCACCGCCAUUGCUGCUGCCCUCCCGCGCGUGUGCGUCGCCGAUCAUUCCUAAGCCCUCGAGGCUUAGGCCUUGCGCGCUUGCGCCCCAACCGCGCCUCUCGAUUUGUAUCGCACGCCCAUCAUCCGCUCCUCGUGCGUACGCGUCCGUGCCCACCAUGCCUUCUCCUACUCGGCCUCGGCUUCCGCUUGCGUCUCCAUUACUCGCGCGCCCAGCGCGCCCCUCUCGCCCGUCGCUUGCUGCCUGCGCGUACCGUCCAACACCCGCGGCCUGCUUGCCUACCGCGCCACCGCGUGCACCCGCGUGCACCCGCGUACACCCGUAUGCUGGUCAGCGGUCCUCGCGCAUCACCGCCCGAUGCGCGCCUCUUGCCUGUUCGACCCUCGGUCACCCCCGACCAUCCUUCGGCCUCGACGACCACUUCCGUAUCAUUCCCCUCCUCUUCAAGAUGUUCCUUGUCCCCAAGGAUGAGAAAGUUCAGCACAUCCACAUCACUAUCUUCUUCUUCAACGGGGAAUUCACCUUGAUCCUCAGUCCUCAAUUUAAUGCCUCGUGUCCGUUGGCCACCUUGACACCAUACCUCUUGACUUUCGUGGAUUUUAGCUUCAGCUUUUGGUCUAUCCUUUCAUCGAUGAAAUUUAAGCUCGACCCACUGUCCACCAGAACUUCUAACAACAUGUCUUUUACCUCGGCCGUGAAUCUGAUCAUCCUAGGCCCACGCUUGUUGCACUUCACCAUGUGCAACCAAGACUCUUCCUGCGGCUUUUCUUCCUCUCGUCCCUCCUCAAUUUCCAACACAAAAAUUUCCUUACCCUUGCACUUUGCAUCAACUUCAAGAGGCCCGAAAAGAGAACCACAUCCAAAAUGGGGUUUUUCACUCGAUGGAUCUCAACCUUCGUUCAGUGCGAUCACACACGACCUACCACCUACACCACCAGAAUAUGUCGCCCGUCCCCCACCGCAAAAAUCUUCUGAAGUUGGUACGGAGCAAAGAAAAAGAGAAGAUGAGGGUGAAAAGCGUAGGAAAUAUGUUGAACCAGCCAGCAACGCACUUGUUGUCUUUGGAGAUACAGUGAAAAAACCUAAGUAUACUAUUAUUUCGAGACUAAAGAAUAAAACAGACCCUCGGCCGAUAAUGAAAAAUUUUCUCCAAAACUCUUGUCCGUUCGAUGUUGAUUUCUGGAGAAUAUCUACCAUUGAUCCGGACACAAUGGUUUACAAUAUUUGGAUGGACACGGGCGUUCUGAAACGGCCCCGAAAAGUUGGAGAUGGGAAGUUGAAACCGCCGUUUGAUUUCAAUGUUACUGUUGUGACGGAUAAGAGCUGGUUUUACACUAUACAUGAACCGGGAAAAUUCCUUGAUAGUAGUCACAUGGAUGUUUUGUUCUACUAUCUGCGCAAGAGCGGGUUGUACGGGACGACGACCCAAUUAAGGUUCACAACAACCGAUGUGCUAUUCGACCAGCACAUUAAGGCACUAUAUACAUCGUUUUUGGGAAAACCGCCCGGCCAGGUUGCAUGCUCUGUCGAGGACAUGAUUAUUGACUAUAUUUUUUGGCCACAAGAUUAUAUGUGGAGUUUCGUGGUCUGA